UUAUAUAAAGGCUGAAUUGAAAUCAUGCAAAGUACUGGACUUCACCAUGAGGAGACUUGUACUUGCUUUGGCUAUAGCCAUUGUGGCGGGUCAACAAUCCAACUUAGAACCAGAUUUUAGUGCAAGUAAGACAUACGUGUACAAAUAUGAAGGUUACCUUCUAGCUGGACUACAAGAGAAAGGGUUGGCAAAAGCUGGUCUGAAGUUGACCAGCAAAGUACACAUCAGUGGGAUUGCUCAAAAAACAUAUCUUCUAAAGAUUGUUGAUCCUCAGAUCAAUGAGUAUAAUGGAAUUUGGCCCAAAGAUCAAUUUGCUCCUAGUGAGAAAUUAACCAAGGCACUGGCUUCUCAGCUACAGAAACCCAUCAAAUUUGAAUACAGUAAUGGCCGUGUGGGAAACAUUUACUCUCCCGCCGAGGUAUCAGAAACUGUUACCAACAUCCAAAGAGGAAUCCUGAACCUCCUGCAACUCAACAUCAAGAAGACCCAGAAUGUGUACGAACUACAGGAGGUUGGAGUUCAAGGUGUCUGCCAAACAAGCUAUGUGAUUCAGGAAGACCAGAAGGCAAAUCACAUCAUUGUCACAAAAUCCAAGGACUUAAAUAACUGUGAGGACAGAAAAAAGAAGGACAUUGGUAUGGUUUAUGCACAGCACUGUGCCCGCUGUCAACAGAAUGGAAAGAACCUGCGAGGUGCCGCUACCUACACAUACAUGAUGAAACCCACUGACAAUGGGGCUCUGAUCACUCAAGUCAAUGCUCAGGAAAUACAUCAGUUCACACCCUUUAAUGAAAUGCAUGGAGCUGCUCAAAUGGAAGCAAGACAAAGUCUUAGUUUCCAAGAAAUCAGGAACAGCCCAGUUAAAGCAACUGAUUCUGAGUACGAAAAACGAGGUUCUCUGCAGUAUGAGUUUGCAUCUGAAAUUCUCCAGACACCUAUUCAACUCAUCAGGAAUAGUAACCCAGAGACAAAGAUAGUGGAGACCCUGCACCAUCUGGUCCAGAACAAUCAGGAGCAGGUCCACGCUGAUGCCCCAGCCAAGUUCCUUCAACUCACCCAAUUGUUGCGUUCAGCCAACCAUCAAAAUAUUGAGGCCAUCUGGAAGCAGUUUGAAAACAGAAAUGACUACAGACGCUGGAUCCUGGAUGCAGUUCCUGCAAUAGGAACACCCAGUGCACUGAAGUUCAUAAAGGAGAAAAUCCAGAAUAAGGACAUUACAGAGACAGAAGCAGCCCAGGCUCUACUCACAGCAAUGCACUUAAUGAAAGCUGACCAAGAUACCAUGCAAGUUGCAGCUGACAUCGUCACCUCUAGCCAUGUUCAGAAAUCACACAUUCUUCACAAAAUUGCUCUGCUUGCUUAUGGCUCCAUGGUUCACAAGUACUGUGCUAAAUUUCAGAGCUGCCCAGAGAAAACACUACAGCCUCUCCAUGACCUUGCUGCUGAUGCUGCUAGCAGAGCCCAUCAUGAAGACAUGGGCCUUGCCCUGAAGGCUUUGGGCAAUGCGGGACAGCCUUCUAGUAUCAAGCGCAUCCAGAAGUUCCUGCCAGGAUUUUCCUCUGGAGCUUCGCAGCUUCCAGUCAAAAUUCAAGCUGAUGCUGUGAUGGCUCUCAGGAACAUCGCCAAGAAGGAACCAGGAAAGGUUCAAGAAAUUGCUCUGCAGAUCUUUAUGGAGAAAAAAUUACAUCCUGAGGUCCGCAUGCUGGCUUGUGUCGUUCUAUUUGAAACCAGACCCCCUAUGGCACUGGUGGCAACGCUAGCUGAUGCCCUGCUAAAGGAGACCAGUUUGCAAGUGGCCAGUUUCACCUACUCCCACAUGAAGGCUCUCACCAGAAGCACUGCUCCAGACAUGCAACCAGUUGCUGCUGCCUGCAAUGUAGCUGUCAAACUUCUGAGCCGCAAACUGGAUAGACUGAGCUACCAAUACAGCAAGGCUAUUCACCUUGAUGCUUUCAAAACUGAACUGAUGGCCGGUGUAGCCGCUAAUGUCUUUGUGAUAAACAACGCAGCCAACAUCCUCCCCACAGCUGUGGUGUCCAAAGUCCGGGGAUAUAUGGUUGGAUCUGCAGCAGAUCUUCUAGAGGUUGGCCUCCGUGCUGAGGGACUUCAGGAGAUCCUUAAGAAACAUCAAGAGAAAGUCAGCAGCUCUCGAAGCACAAGCAAGAUCCAGCGCAUCCUUAAAACACUCUCCGGUUGGAAGUCCUUAUCGUCAAACAAACCUCUGGCAUCUGCCUAUGUCAAGGUAUUUGGACAAGAGGUAUCCUUCUCUGAGAUCGACAAGAAUGUCAUUGAGGACUUCGUUCAGACAAUGACUGGACCUUUAGAAAGACAGGAUGCUGUGAGAAGGGUGGUCAGGAGGCUUCAGGAUGGUGCUGCAGCACAGUGGUCCAAGCCCUUGCUGGCUGCAGAAGUGCGUCAAAUUGUACCCACUUGCGUUGGCUUUCCCAUGGAAAUAAGCCUGUACUCUGCUGCUGUGGCAGCGGCUGCUGCAAAUGUCCGAACACAGCUGUCACCUGCUCCAACUGGCAGUUUCCACAUCUCCCAGCUGCUGAAUUCCCACAUUCAGACACAAGUCAAACUCACCCCCAGUGUCUCCAUUCACACAGUUGCAGUGAUGGGCAUCAACACCCAUUUAAUUCAGGCUGGAGUGGAAUUACGUGCAAAAGCCCGCAUGGCAAUCCCAAUGAAGUUCACUGCGAGGAUCGACAUGAAGGAACAGAACUUCAAGUUAGAGGCUUUACCGUGUCAGCAGGAGGAAGAGCUUCUGUCCCUGAGGGCUCAAGCCUUUGCUGUUACAAGAAAUGUGGAAGAUUUAUCAGCUUCAAAGAUGACUCCAAUACUGCCAGACUCCACCGAUAUGAACAUUUUGAAACAGCGAUUCACUUCUAAAGAACAAGCGUCUAAUGAGCAUGCACAUGGCAUGUCCUCUGAGGUAUCAGCAGAAGAUAGUGUUUAUUCAGAUCAAGCGGGAUAUCAACAGGCAUCAGACACAUCUCAUCGAUCCUGUGCAAAAGCAACAAACUUUGGAGUUCAGUUGUGCUUCGAGGGAAAAACCAAGAACGCUGCAUUCAUUAGAAACUCUGCACUGUAUAAGGUUAUCGGAGAACACACAGCUAAAGUUGCUCUGAAACCAGAUCGGUCAAAGGAAUCCAUUGAAAAACUACAGAUUGAAAUUCAGGCAGGAGCAAAGGCAGCUUCUAAGAUAGUCAAACUAAUAUCCUUGAAGGCUAUGCCCAAUGAAGAGGAGACAGAGGAAGGUCCUCAAGGAAAAACAGUCCUGUUGAAACUGCACAAACUCCUGAAAACAGAAAAGGUGAGCAAAAGGAGAUCAGCUUAUAGAAAGGGAAACUAUACGUCAUCCAGCUCUCAAAGCAGCAGCUCCUCCUCCUCCUCCUCCUCCUCCUCCUCCUCCUCCUCCUCCAGCAGCUCAUCUUCCGAGGAUAGGCAGGAGAAAUGGCAGAAGCAGCACAAGAGACAAAAUCGAGACAAAGAUCAGGAUCAGCACCAUGGCAAUUAUCAGAAUGGGAGACAACAACACCAGCACAAGAACAGCAGCAGCAGCAGCAGUUCAUCCAGUGACAGUCACUCCAGAAGGCAGAGGCAGUCGAGAAAUAAAAGAGGCAGCAGUUCAAGCAGCAGCAGCGGGUCCUCUAGUCAAUCCAGCCAGCAACAGCAAAAGGGAAUUCCAGAGAUUUAUGCAUACAAGUUCCGGUCAGCUCACAUCCAUGAGCAUGGCCCCAGGAAGCUGUCAAACAGACAGUCAAGCAGCAGCAGCAGCAGCAGCAGCAGCAGCAGCAGCAGCGCUUCCAGGUUUGCAGCAGGAUCUCAACAGCAUGGCCCCAGGAAGCUGUCAGACAGACAGUCAAGCAGCAGCAGCAGCAGCAGCAGCAGCAGUGCCUCCAGCUUUGCAGCAGCAGCUCAACAGCCUAGGUUUCUUGGAGAUUUAAUGCCACCUGUACUGGCCAUCAUUGCUCAAGCCAUAAGGAGUGAUGGGAAACAGCAGGGCUACCAGAUUGCUAUCUAUAACGAUAACAGAGCAAGUAAACCCAGGGUUCAACUGAUGGCUGCUGAACUUAAAGAGAGAAGCAAAUGGCAAAUCUGUGCUGAUGGUGUCAAACUCAGCCACUAUAAAGCAAUGGCUGUGGUAGGAUGGGGAGAUGAAUGCCAGGGCUAUAAGAUAGCUGUUAAGGCAGUGACUGGGCAAUUGGCUAAUCAUCCAGCCAUGCAAAUUAAAGCAGAGUGGCGAAGGAUUCCUCGGCAAGCAAAACGAACCGCAGAGAGGUUGGCUGAAUAUGUACCAGGAGCUGCACUGCUGUUAGGAUUUUCUGAGAGCUGGCAUAAAAACCCAUCUAAGCAGAUCGCAAUAACAUUAGCAGCAACUUCCACAAGGACCAUUGAUGCUGUUAUAAAGACACCAAGGAUGACCAUUUUCAAAAGGGCUAUCCAAGUUCCUCUUGCACUGCCUGUUGGACAAAACUCCAACGAACAGCAAAAACAAGAAGGGUGGAACAUCCUUAGCUCCCUUCCCGAUAUGUUCACAGAUGCCUUUUCAGCUCAAUGCACGUCAGCAAACCACACAUUGACAACAUUCAAUGAUGUGAAAUUCAGGACUGAAAUGCCGAUAUCCUGCAAUCAAGUCCUUGCUCAAGAUUGUACCUCUGAUCUCAAGUUCAUUGUUCUAAUGAAGAAGGAUGAAACCACUGGAAAAGAAUCGAUUAAUGUGCAGCUUGGUGAUGUUAAUGUUGAUAUGCAUCCGGAUGAAAGCGGCAUGUGGCUCACGGUUAACGGCCUAAAAAUUCCAAUGAGCAACCUCCCAUACGUGGAUUCAGCAGGUUCAAUAACAAUCCAGCCGAUCGGGCCAGGGCUGUCUCUCAGCGCUCAAAGCCAUGGAAUCAGUGAAAUAUAUUUUGAUGGAAACACCUGGAAGGUUAAAGUUGCUUCCUGGAUGAAGGGAAAGACCUGUGGAAUCUGUGGUCGUGGAGAUGGAGAAAUGAAACAGGAAUAUCAGACACCAAAUGGAUAUGUGGCCGAGGACUAUAUGAGCUUUGCACAUUCGUGGAUCAUUCCAGGGGAGGGCUGCGGAACCAGUGAAAAAUGUAGACUGCAGCAUGAGUUUGUGAAACUAGAGAAGCAGGUGAUUCUCGAUGGACAGGACUCCAAGUGUUACUCAGUGGAGCCUGUGCUGCGCUGCCUGUCAGGGUGCUUCCCGCUCAGAACUACUCCUGUCACCGUUGGUUUCCAUUGCCUUCCAAAUGAAUCGUACGUGACCAGAACGGAUGGCAAGCUGAGCUUCUCAGAGAAGAGCGUGGACAUUAAAGACACUGUGGAUGCUCACGUAGCCUGCCGCUGCAGUGCUCAGUGUGCUUAACUCUAAUACAUUGAACGAUGUACUGUAUAUUUGCCUAAUCUAGACAUCAGUUCAAAUGUGUUAUGGUUUACCCAGCUGAUCAUUACUUUAGAUGUAUAGAAAUGCACCGG